AUGUUCCCCAUGUUCCUCUCGACUCUCAGCCUGUGGCUUUCGCUUGCAAUCGUUUGUCUUGCUCAGACGGUCCCCAUUAUCCAAACGACAUCGGGAAAACUUCAUGGGAAAGCUGUAUCAAGUAAGACCAACGCCUAUCUUGGGAUCCCCUAUGCGCAACCACCAGUCGGUCCAUUGCGCUUCUCAGGACCUAAACCGCUCCUCACACCUGCGACUGUUCGCAAUACCACCGAGUUUGGACUCUCGUGCCUUCAGUUAGGGGGUCCAUUGCCGUACCCGUAUCCUGCAGGUGAAGACUGCCUCACUAUCAAUGUAUGGACAUCACCCGCUAGAAAGCCCAGGCCCGUUUUUGUCUGGAUCUAUGGAGGAAGUUGGACGACGGGAUAUUCUGGGGCACGCAGCGAGGAUCUCACUUCAUGGUCCAAAUCUCAUCCAGAGAUUGUCUUUGUUUCCAUCAACUAUCGCCUGAACCUCUAUGGCUAUGCGAACUCCCCCGCACUAUCACCCAAAGAUAGCAACGCCGGACUCCGAGACCAACGUGCGGCUGUCGAAUGGGUCGUCACCAACAUUGCAGCAUUUGGUGGGGACCCCAACCAGAUCAUACUUGGAGGGUACUCUGCAGGCUCUGCCAGUGUCGCUACACAUCUCUACGCCUAUCCAUCUCUACCACUCGCCCGCGGAGCUAUCCUCAUGAGUGCACAAGCGGCAACGUCACUAACCACUCCACUCAUCCCUCUCCCGGGCCUCUCGUUGGGCGGUCCAAAUAAAUUUCCUGCCAUCGCCACCGCAGUUGGGUGUGACCUUCGAGGAACAGACUACAAGGGCCAGCUAGAGUGCGUUCGGAGCAAGAGCGUGGCACAGUUGACGGAUGCGCUCAAUGCUACUGGUACUGUCGGCAUGUCGCCCUACAUUGACAACUCGACGCUUUUCAGUAUCGCCGAGUACAAGUCGAGAGGUCGUGCUGGCAAGUUUGCACAUAUUCCAUUGCUGACUGGGACCACGGACAACGAAGGAGACAUCUUUGUAUUUGAUCCAGUCACGAAUACGAUCAACGAGACUGCUUCAGAUCUAUUUACCCUUGGGAUGUUGAGGUGCUACGAUAGCCAACAAUCCAAAUAUGCAUCCUCUCUUACAUCGGUGUACCGAUACAGGUAUAUGGGUAUCUUCCCUGCACUUUCUCCACCACCCUUGCGAGCAUGGCACACCACCGACCAAACUGUGCUCUUCAACUCGGUUCCCGACGUUGCGCCGGCAGCAACCGAGUACCUGCAAAAGGCAUGGAGCACGUUCAUUUUGAAUCCGGACAAUGGCUUGACGUUGCUUGGAUGGAAGAAGUAUAAGGGCCCUGGGACUCGGACGCUCGUCGACAUCUUCCGGAAUAGCAGCAAUUUGCAGCAUCCCAUCCAGUUGGAAGACCCCACGUCGUUUGACUCGAGAUGCGCGUCACUGGGCAUUGGGCUGUAG